GUAAUGUGUUGCAAGCGGGGUGAAAUCUCGGGAGCUGUCUGAAAGCAAGCUGAGUGAGGAGGAACAAACAGCGUGAAGACUUAAAACGUGCAUUCACCAGACGGUGGUUUUGCAGGAUUUUUUCAAGAAAGCAGGCCUUCAAUUUUUUGCGAACUUAAGUUCUCAGACGAGAGAAAACACUUUAUUUUGGUUCUGUUUGGGGAACUUGGUGGAAGUUUGACGCAGGCUGCACGUUACCCACCUCGGAGCAGAAAGUCAAGUCGGUGGUCCGCAGUUGGUUCUGCAGGAAUGUCGCAGAAAGAAAGACCCAACUUUUAUCGACAAGACGUCAACAAGACGAUAUGGGAAGUCCCGGAGCGAUACCAAAACUUAUCCCCGGUUGGCUCUGGUGCCUACGGAUCCGUGAGGUAUAUCACUUUCACAAGUUUGCGAGCUUGUGUUUAGCCUAGUCACCUAAGUUAACCUCCAUUCAUUUAGACAGGGCCUGUGCUGCAGAUGCUAAAGUUAGGUUAGCUCGUCUGGAUUGUUGGCUAGCAAGGUGAAGACAUGUUGUGCUGUUUUACAAGAAAACCUGUUGUCUUGUUUUUCUGUUACCCACUUGCAAAAAACUUGUAAGACAUUGAAAACUUUAGGAACCUGCUCAUAUAUACCACACUCUGUAAGAAACUUCUUAACUGCACGAACUUUGAAAUGUCGGAACAGUUUCGACUACACACAGUGUACUUGCACAGCCCCUUGUCGUUAGUGCCAUCUGGAGAGUCCAUGUAAGUUUCAUGAAUACUCUUAUUUUCAAGCUCAGUUUGGAUGUAAUGGUAGAUAUUGUAGGUGUUUGCAAUUUUUUCCCUGCAGAAAAAAAAUGGAUGCAUUUUGAUACUCCGGGAAAUGGGCUGAAAACUUCAUGCUUUUGUCAAAAAGAUUACUCGAUUACUCGAUUAUUUGAACCGUGAAUAGUAAUAAAUUGUAAUAGACACAUAGAUAACACAUGUAGAGGCUGGGAAUCUGUAGUCUUUAAAUUAUGUUAUCUUUUGGUCAUUGUGUGCACAAAAUAAUAUAUUUCCAUAUUGCUUAAAAGCUGAUUAAUUGGUUGGAAAGAAAACUCUUUCUUGCAGCCCAGGUUUUUUUUUUUUAAAGUUGUAUGACUUUUCUUAAAAUAAUUUAUUAUAGCAGGGAAGAAUCUUUUAUCAUUAUUGUGAGGUUUGGACCUCUCCUCCUAGUUUUCUCAAGAACACAUGCUGUAAUUUCCCUGUUGCUAUCUCCCAUCUAAAGCAUACGCUCUUAAGGAAAAGACCCUUUAAUUUUGCUGGUGAUUAAAUGAGCUUUUUCUGAUACAAUCUAGGACACAACAUUGUUGGCAGUUCAUUUGAUUUAGUGGGCAGAUGUUUGUUUUGCAAAUGAAAGUGGACAGCUGGGCUGUUGCUGGGCAAUAUGAUAAUCUGUUGCUGGUCAGAUUACUGCCUGCUCCACACUGUAAUGAUUGGGAUUGUGUUUUUUUUUCCCCCCCAGGCUCCAUUUGCCAGUGUUUACAUGAUGGGCUCUACCUGAGUUAACUGUGUAUCCAUGACCAGUUCUUUCGGGCUGAAACUUAUCAAACUGAACUGGAGCAUCCAGUUUGUUAGAAUGUUACAUAUUAUAAUUUGCAUCAUUGGACAGUCCACAGUAUUAUACAGUACAUUAUUGAGUUUAAAGUGAAAAAUGUGUGUUAUAACCAAAACAGGAAGAGAGUGCGUGUGACCUUUUAUUUUUAUUGACAAGUUUAAGCCAGAGGAAGACCUUUAACUUCCUUUUUUCCUCUAUUUCAAUAUUUAUUUUCUUUAAAUUGAGGACCUAGUUUUUCAUACUGAGUUUAAGUUGAUGUUUUGUUUGUUUUGAGGGGGAGGGUAUUAGUCGGUACCUAUAAUUGGAUUUUUUUUUCUCUAAGGAUGCUCAUAUUUAAAUAACUGUGUAUGAGCACUGACAUCAAAAACAACCUGUUUACUCUUUAAAAUGUACAAACAACAAUGGAUAGAUCACUUUUUUGAUAUUGUUUAAUACAUAGUCACACUGGUGUUUGGGUCCCUGCAGUUUCUCCUCCUGGCUGCCUACUGUUUGUGAAGAUGGUGAGGUGAGCUGAGCAGGAGGAACUGUUUUGGUUGGAGACACUCAGCUAUUAGAGAGCAGGCCUGUUCCCAAUCUGCUGAGAGAUGACAUUUUCUGCUGAUGUCGCCCUUUUCACCAGUCUCGAGCAGCUCUUACUGUACCUAGUUUGGUUUGAAAGCCCAGUCAGCCCAUUCUGCACUGAAACAGUUUUCCUCAUCUGCGCUAAAUUUGUCAAGCUUGCUUUCCAUCUGAGGAUGAGUUGUAGAUUUAAGUGUGCCACAGUUUUUAACCACUUUUAGGUGUCAUUCUUUCUAUCUGUUCAUGCAGACAGUAAACAUGAUAGCUCCUAGAUUUAAAAUUACUGUUAAGAUUGAAGUUAAUGUGUUUUUCCUGUUUUCUUUUUCUUCACAGCUCUGCAUAUGAUGUGAAAAUUGGUUUGAAGGUGGCGGUGAAGAAGCUUUCCAGGCCAUUUCAGUCCAUCAUCCAUGCUAAGAGAACGUACAGAGAGCUGCGGUUGCUCAAACACAUGAAACAUGAAAAUGUGAGUCAACUUGUUUCUGUUCUCUUUAUUCCGCCUGGUUGUGAAAAGCUAGCAGGGCAACAAAGCCUUUGAAUGUGUCUGCUUUACCAAAUCUGCUGUUUAUGUUAAUGAUAAGGAUUCCUUGCAAUGUAAUAGUGACAACUACUUUCAUAUUUCUGCAGGUGAUCGGCCUCCUAGAUGUGUUCACCCCUGCCACUAGUCUGAAGGAGUUCACUGAUGUGUGAGUUGAAUGUAUUUUUCAGUUGUUGCCUACAUCCUGAUCUGGUCUUUGCUCUUUGGCCCAAGGUUACCGCAGCACGAUCUUUGCAUAAUUUAGAAACAGUGUGCAACAAAGUGCAGCCUUCAGUUUCUCUGCAGCAGACAAUCCUAGUCAUGGCUGGGAAACACCUGGACAGCAGCCAGCUGACUAAACACACUGGAACAUUUCUUACACUGUCCACCCUGUUCACUCCCUGCCUGUAACAGGGGUUGUUUCACCAGCUUCCCUUCACUUGCUUCCUGAUUUCAGGCUUUGUGAAACAUAUGUACUUUUCUAGCAGACAGGUAGUUGUUGUUUGUUGAAAGUUGCUAAAAAUGGGAAGUGGACAGCGAGACAAUGAGUCAUUCCUCAGACAACAGACUGCCUCCCUGGUCGUUUGAGGAAUGUCUCCUCUCUACACUCGCUGAGCAAAUGUAUCAAGAUCAGAUUGAAGCAGAUUUCAGUCGACACCCGACAGAAGAAUACACCUAAAUGCAUACUUGCAAUCACAUUUCUCUUCCUUGUUCACAAUUGAAACGUGCAAAUGAUUGCACAGUUUUUUACUUUAGUAUUUGGGGGCCCUUGAGGAGUUGCAGGAUUAUUAGGCCUUGAUGGAAAAAGACAUAUGAGAUAUUGCUCUUCUGCUAAAAACAAAAAGCAUACAAUGAGCAAUAUAGAAGUUAAAAAGGAGAGGGUCCUUGAUGCAGCUGCUUGCCAGUCUGCCUGUAGCAGCUCUCUAGACACUUCUUACUUUGAAAGAUUUGCUGUGAAUCCAAAAGCAAAGAUAGAGCUUGUCUCUUCUGCGUAAUCAAUCAAAUGUAGUUCCUAACCUUUCAUUUCACAUUUUUCACUUUUGAUCAACAGGAGGAAGUGCAUACUUUAAAGUAGCAGCAUAGUUUUACCGUACAGGAAGUAAAAGCCUGACAAACAAUCUUAGAUGAUUGUUUAUUAUGUCCUGUCCAAACAAGUUGCAGCCACAGGGCUGGUGAUGUGGUUAAAUCACAAACUUAAAAAUCACUAAAAAUGGAUGGUGGAUGUUACGUCACUGUGUCUACUGGUCAGAUUGAUGAAGAAAUGUGUUGCUCUGCCAUUGUCUAGUAUUUCCCAAAUUUGACUUUCGUGUUUGACUAUUAUAUUUCUUGUGGCAUUUCAUGGUCAUUAUAAUUGUGAAAACCAGAUAUUAACAUGGACCUAAUGAGGAGAAAAAGUGAAGCUUUACAGUCAAGCUAAAAAUGAUAUUGCAUUAUUUUUUUCUUUUUGUAAUAUCUAUUGGAAGUUUCAAGAAUUUACAACCAGGUUUUUUUUUUACGUUUAACAGUUUAAAAACAAUCUGUUCGAUCACUUGAACUUGAACUUCCGUAGAAGUCAUCAAUUAUUUACAGCAGUGUUCAAAGUUUAGUUAAAUCUGUGCCACCAGCCCCGUUAUAGUUCCGAAUGUUUGAGAGAAAACUAACUGUCCUCCUCUGUAUGAGACUUUCACAACAUUACGCAGUACGUACACUGCAGGUGUCAACAUUGAAAGCAAACACUCUGUGGUCAGGUGAGUGGUUUGUUUGUGUGCCCACAGUUUAGCAAGCACCAGUGUAAGUGGGUGAAACUGGUGGGAUCAACAGUAAAACAGACAAGGUGCACAUUAAAGGGUCAGCUAGUAGCUGAUUGGUACAUUAUUUAAAGUAAGGAUUAAAAAAUCUGUGUCAGUAUAGUUCAGAUAUAGUUGUUUGCCGAUUCAAACCAACUAUAUCUACAACAGCCAAGAAGUAAUUAACAUCGUAUGCAUGUUUCAGAGUUUAACUGGCACUUCAUGAGUAUGUUCAGGGAUGGUUUUGCAUUGCAGAGGAUCCAUACUCAUUAAUACGUGGCAUUCACUGAGUGAGACAGCACAUCUGCUAUUUUAUUGCAAGAUUAAUCUUCAUUUCGGUCUUCCUGACAGACAGAGAUGAUGCACAUCACAAUGUGAUGAAAGUCCAGCUAUCAUCAAGUCUGACAGGCGUCCAGAAUUUGAUCAUUUUAAGUAUUUGUGUUUCCUUAGUUAGCAAAAGCUUGUCAACAAAAGUGGCCCGGCUGUGCUCUGCUAUGCCACACAGUAGGAAACACUUCAUCCCUGCUUCAUGUGUUAUCUCAAGCCUUUGAAUACGAGCACAACAGGUCGUGUUUCUGCUGAGGUCAUGACUGUGUUGACAGCUGUCAACUGUCAGGAUUUCUGUGCCUGUGGGUUUCCCAACAUGUCCCAAAUUACUUCUCAUGAUAAUGUCAUGUGGUAAAAUUUGCAUGCUCAGAGUUAGGAAUAAAUGAGUAUCCUGGACUUGUGUUCCUCUUUCACUCCUUGAGACUGGAUGCCUAGGGCUACCAUAGAUGUGACUCGCAAAACACCGUCAUGGAUGAACUGUCUGCAAGGGAAAUGCAUGAUCAUUUUCAGAAAAUUGAAGAAUGCAUGGAAAUAAAUUAACUCGGUUAUUCCUGCAUUGAUUUCAUAGCUUUUCUUUACUGUCCACCAUGAAUAGAUACUUGAUACAGUACGUAUAUUUACAACAGCAUUACAACUUUUCAUGUAAACAGACUAGAAAUCUGUUAAGAUGGAUAAAAGGCAGUACAAAAAUCACACAUGCAGGCAGUGUCUGACGUUGUGUCUCAAAGAGAGAAGGAAAAUGGAAAGAGAGGUUGAAUGGAAAGAGAAGUUUUCCUCGCAUUACACAGGACCAAAAAAAUGCUGAGUCACAGAUUGCCUGAGUGAGUUACGGCUCUCUUUAUCUGCACAUCUGCUGGAACAUUGUAAAUGUUCUGACAGUACGAUAUCCAGCAAAAAUCUCAGCUAUGUAGGUGCUGCAAAUGUGGUUCCCCCUCGGCUCUAUUAAUACAGACUGAGUCACAAUGCUGUGUAGAGGCUCCUCAAAGCUGCAGCCGGGCUCUUUGCUUCUAUAGGAGAGAGAAAACAGAGGUCACUAUUUAUAUCCUUUUUUUUCCUUUGGAGUGUCUGUGUCCCAAUGAGCUGCUGCUAACAAGUUCAAGCAUAACCGGCUGCUAUUUUAAGGCCUAGCUCUGAGUGCUGUGCAUGAAUAGAAGAGUAUUCAUGAAAUGGGUAUUUGUUGGGCUGCAGACUGUCAAAGCAGCACAUGGCUGUGUGUUUUGGCUGUGGGGCUUCCACUUUUUUAUAUUUCUUGCCUAAGUGUUGUUGUGGCAUUUAAGAACAGCUCUGGGAUUACACUUGAAUUCUCCUCUGAUGCAGCCCCAUUAAGCCCAUUUAUCUGAGUGUGUUGUUAAAUUACAUUCCAUUUGUGAAGGGCUUGGCCUGUCAGUAUCUCUGGAGAGAAGUAAGAGUCUAAAGAUGUGGCUGUGAAACCGGUUUCAGCUCACAUGGCCAAAUGGGAAAUAAGAUUCAGACUGCAAACAACCCUGAAUGAAAUUGUUUGAAGAGAAAACACAUUCAGUUUGAACUAUCUGUCUUUCUAUAAGUCAGAAAACAUCAACAUAUAUUCAGGUAAUGUCUCUUUUUAAAGUCUGAUGAAAAUCUUCUGUUUCACAGGUAUCUUGUGACACACCUAAUGGGCGCUGAUCUCAACAACAUAGUGAAAUGUCAGAAACUCACAGAUGACCACGUGCAGUUCCUCAUAUACCAGAUCCUCCGAGGGUUAAAGGUGAGGUUAUUAAAAUAAUAGAGGGGUGUACAAUAAACAGUGAAACAGUUUAAAUGAGAAGAUUGAUGCCACUCCUGUAUCUGUAUACAGUCUGUGUAGGUUUCCUGGCAGCCUCACAAUUAGAACGAGACAGAGGAAAGUCCUUAAUUCAAGCAGAGAUAUAGUAAAGCAGAUUACCCACUGUAGAGUCAUUCUAGUGUUUAUAAGUGAGUCUGAGAGGUGUGAACAGGGGAAGUUUUUUUAUUUUUUACCUUCAGUCAGAAACAGAAUAGGUAGGGCUGGGUGAUAAAACAAUAAUGAUAGAGUAUCGAAAAUUGAUUUCCCUCAAUAUCAAUUUAAAACAUGGUCAGUAUGCUUUUUGAUAGUCAGCAUUCUGCCAUGUUUUGGUAGACUAUAGGAAUAGCCAAAGAAAAAGGGAGUUACUCCAGGUCUGCAGGUUCGCGCUGAACCAAUCAUGUGCUGAAUUAGAACCAAGUAGCAAAACAACUGCAUAGUAGCAGGCUGCAGCUACACCAACCAUAGCAUGUUAACAGGUGAAGCUGACAGUACUGACAGUGAGAAAAAAAGAAAAUAAAUGCUACCCCUGGCGGAAAUGCAGAUGAAGGCUCAACAGAUGAUGACAUCGUCGACAACACUGGCACGAAAACGUUUGUGGUGUGGAGGUAAUUUGGUUUUUUGAGGUCGGACAUGAGCAGAGUAAUAUGCACUGCAAAAUGUCGAGUACAUGUUCUCACAAAGUUGGGGAAUACCUCAAAUCUUUUUCACCGCCUGAAGCAGUGCCAUGCGGCAGAGCAUGCCCAAUGCAAAAGGUUAAAAACCCAGAGUGGAGCAAGGAGUCCAUGGCGACUGUGCAGCUGAAACAGUUGACUAUUCAGUCCGCUUUCUCUAGGGCAACACCUUUCGACAAAAAGAGACACAAAGACCUCACAGAUGCAGAGUUUUAUUGUAUUGCAAAAAACAUGCUACAGAUAAGCACUGUUUAAGUUCAUUUUUUAUAUUGUGAUAUAUAUUGAUAUUGAUUGAUAUGAAAAAAAUAUAUUGUGAUAAACUUUUUCCCAUAUCGCCCAGCCCUAAGAAUAGGUUCCACUUUCUGUUUCCAGUUUUCACACUAAGCUAAACUGUUUUACCAGUCGGAUGAAUGUGUUGUAUCAAAUUGACGAUGUAAAAGAGCCGUUGAUCUACUCAUGUAACUCAGCACAUUGCUCUUGAUUGUGAGUCAGUACAACUUUGAAGUGAUAAUGUUAUUAAAUGCUCACUAUCUCCUUCUCUCUCUCCAGUACAUCCACUCAGCAGACAUCAUACACAGAGUAAGUGUUGUGUUUGAUUUGACGUACGCUACUUUGACCUGGAUACACUCGAGAACAAAAAUCUAUGUCAGGGUUUAUAGCCUCUUCCACUCAGCAGGUUUUGGCCUGAGCGUGUAUGUACGCACUGAGGGAGAGAAAAGCCAUAAACAGGAACAUAACUUUUACACAGUGCCAGUGAUGUAAUGCCUUUAUUGCUAUGACAACAAAGGAAGGAAAGAUCUGUUUUUUUUUAAAUGUACAUAAAAAUGUCCUGCUGACAUCGAGUAUGGUUAUCUUAUCUUGUGAUUAUCUUCUUUUAGGAUUUGAAACCUAGUAAUCUUGCUGUGAAUGAGGACUGCGAGCUAAAGGUCUGUUUACGCUUGUUGAAAACAUUAUUUUAUUGCUCCAUGAUGUGAGUUCUGUACAAACUUUUUCUGUUUUUGCACUCAAAUCAUUAACAGAUUUUGGACUUUGGUUUGGCGCGGCAUACUGAUGAUGAGAUGACUGGCUACGUGGCCACUCGCUGGUAUCGUGCCCCAGAGAUCAUGUUGAACUGGAUGCAUUACAACAUGACAGGUAGAUGACUUUAAAAUAGCUCUUCUGAAUUUGCCAAAACUUGUUGCAGAAAAGGAGGGGUUUAUUUCCCACAAAACGUAACGCUUGUGUCCCUGUCCCCUCUGUGUUUCAGUGGAUAUUUGGUCAGUGGGCUGUAUAAUGGCAGAACUCCUCACUGGAAGAACUCUGUUUCCUGGUACUGACCGUAUCCUUUCUAUUAAAGAGUACAGAACGUACUGAGCUCUCAUAGCUGCUGACACAUCAUUUGCAUAACAAAUCAAACAGGUUGUGGAAGUACCAAUUUCUCUUUUUCCUCACCAGCACAGAAAGCAGCAGAAACUGAUCAGCACGGCUUCUCUUCACUUUCCUCUCAUGAUGACCUCCUCUUUAUCUUCCAACAUGACGCUGCCUGAGGCCUUUCAGUAUUAAAAGUGUAUCACUGUACCUGUUUCCACUUUCCCCUCUGGCUUGACAUACCCUUUUGCCACAAUGUUCCCUCUAGCGUGCUUCAAAUCUUCUUUCACAGUCAGUAUGCAUCGCUGGCUCAGGUCCAUCUUCGGGCUGCACCACUGGCAGUCACUGCAUCUGCGCUCAAGCUCUUAUUUAUCUUUCUCUCCUCUUGCCAAUGUUUUCCAACUAACAGCUGAGCCUGUAUAAUAAGAGCACUUCAGGGCUGCCUGCUGCCUCCACCUCUGCUGGAACUUUACCUCCUCCUUUUUCACCGAAGGCCUUUUUUUUUUGAUGCAUCUUAUGUAUGAAAAACCAAUGUAGUCUAAUUUGCUUUCACGUUUUGUUGUAAAGUCAAAGUUGUAAGUAAAACCAACAGGUCAGUUUAGGAUUUCUCCCUGGUCCACACCUGGUCUUCCUUUACCGUCCCUGGUAGACAUUGAUCAGUUGAAGCUAAUCAUGCUGCUCGUCGGAACCCCAGGGCCCGAGCUCUUGAUGAAAAUAUCUUCAGAGUCUGUGAGUUGACAAAGGAAUGAAAGGAUUUUUCCCUAACCCGUUUUCUGCUCUAAACAUGUCUCUCUGCUGUGCAAUGAAGCGAUGAAUCUACUACCUAACUGAUGGCAUGUUUUCUACCCUGAAGCUUCAUGGGUUUAAUCAUGUUUUCUGCCCCUAACAGUUUUCUCUUUUACGAGGUGAUCAAACUCUGUCUCUGCCUUCCACUGGUUGUUGUCUGUAAUCCAAAGUACUGUGUUGUGUCUUUCCACUUAAUUUGACAAUCCCUCCUAACUUGUUGUGUCAAAUGUCGCUUUCAAGCUUGAAGUUUGCUUUUCAACAUAACAUUGUUGCGGGUCUCGAGUAACUGCACAGUGUUGGAUUGAGAAGCAGCUUCUUAACCAGCUCUGCUCUGUCGCUAUACUCCCCUUGACAUGAGCUUCGUAGAUAUAAACCAGCUUCAGCAGAUAAUGCGUCUCACAGGAACGCCCCCAGCAUCCCUAAUAAGCAGGAUGCCCAGCCAUGAGGUGAGAAAGGUUCAAACGUGCUUACUCAAGUCUGGACUGCAGAGCGAGGUGGGAGGACAGUCAGUCCUACAGUCGUGUUUUAUGUUUUUCAAGCAUAGUUAAGUGAAUUACAUCUGAGUCUGAUCCCAGAAUGAUAUGACAGAUUUACUACUCCCAUACGUUUUUCAGCUAUAGAAUAAUAAUAGCAUGAGUUACAGUUGAAGCCAAGACUGAAUUGGACAAACUCAUUUUCCUUUGGUUUCGUUUAAUACUGUGGGCAGUCAGACUGUCAAAACAUAACCACAAAAUAAAAUAUUGGAAAGUUGUUCUCAAUUCAAGACACCUCAACCCCAAAAAGUCCAAAUGCUGUGUAAAAUGUUGAUAAAAAUAGACUGAUCGGUAAAUAAUUCAAUAUUGAUUAGGCCCAUAAAGAGAGAUGUUUUCCCCCACUGACCAGGAUUUUUAUGGUUGAGAACAGCUCUCGGGUUUUCUGACACUUUGCUAUCAGAAUCAGCAUGAACUUUUGCUGUGGUUUGAGUUCUGGCAGCUCCUCUGUUCGAUUGGACUACAGCCUCCUCCUCUUCUUCUUUUAAAUUUCCAGCAGACUAGACACAACCGAGGCGUAUUACCGCCCUUCAAAGAUCUUAGCACUGGAUAGUCAGCGCUUCAAAUUCUAGCGUACAGUCAGGUCCAAUGAAGAAAGACCACAGCCUCCACUCCCCACACAUAUAUCAAAAGGCCUCAGCCACACUUGACCCUGUGGCUUGUUCACUGGUUUGGUGCAGUGGUUUCCUAUAUGUGGACCGCUCUUUGAUUGACUGUCCAUUCUGAACCAAGAACAGCCCACAACACCAAACAAGAUGUGAAGACGCUUUGUCCUAGUCAACUACCCUUCACAGUUUGGUUCUUGUGAGUCCCUCACAGCUGUACUUACGUCCAUUCUGUUCCACCAAAUCAACCUAAAGAACAACAUCAACGUCAUUAUGUUAUGGAUGUUAUAUACAAGUUUCAGAGUGACAAAUGCUGCUAUUGAAACAGGGGAGACCUUGUAUAUUUCAGUAAACAUAUUCUGCAUGUGUUACAACUGCAUGGCUCUGUAAUAAGAGUCUAGCUGCCAAACUGGCCAGCCUGCAGUCUCGACUUGUGAGCCACUGAAUACAUUUGGCGCAUGAUGAAACAAAAUAAUUGGACAAAGCUGACUCCAGUGUGUUGAACGGCUGAAAUCCUGUAUGAGGCAGAAGUUGAACAACAUUUCACUUUCAAAACUCAUGGUAUUAUUUCAAAGAGGUGAUGCAAAUACACAUGCCCUUGUCCCAACCAGUUUUUCUAAAUAAAGCGUUUUAGUUUUAAUAAUUAAUAUGUUAUCUUUGCAGUUGUUUUUAAGAUAUAAAUCAUACGCAAAACAUCAAUUUCUUAGUUUAUAAACAUUUUACACAGCCUCCUAACUUUUUUUGGGAACAGUGGUUCUACUUUGGUUAGGUGUGGUCUAAUUUUAAGAAACAGCACAGCCUUUAGGGAGAACACCCCCAGCAAUUGAAGAUUUGAUUGGUCCUUUUAAUGACAGUGUUUCUGUGAUUCUUAACACGCUCGCUGUAUGUUAUAGAGUAAUAGUGGCAAAGAGUGCCUCUAAACGUAUGUGAUAUGAGCAUUUUGUGUGCUUGUCAUUUGACUGGAGGUGUAUAUAAUUAAUUAAUGUGCAUAUUGUGUAGAACCUAGGCAUGCUUUCAUGAUACAGUAGUUUCUUUGCUUCCUGAAAGAGAGGUGGUUUGCAGUGAGAUUUUUUUUUUCACAUUUCUUGGCACUUAAUUCUUUCAGUAUGAUUUAUGUUACUUGCAUGUAAUUUGUAAUCGAUAACACGAUUUGUUUUGUCUGCAACCCAAAGAAUAAUCAGUUAGAUGAGUGAGAGAAAAUAUGGACAGUGAAACAACACAAAUAUGUCCUUUUUUUGCAUGGUGCAUUACAGUCACACCGGAACAUCUUGAUGUUGUUGUGAAACACAUUAAGGCUGUAAAUCACACAUCUGCCCCUAGUUACACAUAGCUUUCACAGCCGCUUAAUAUGUGUUUUCACAGCUUGCAUUGCACUCUAUAUGAUGAGUCCUUCAAGCAACAGAAAAAGAUCAAAACAAACACCUGAAACUUUCAGUAUCUGUUUUUGUAUAAGUGUUGGAUUUCUGUUUUAUUGUUGCAAGUUAGAAACACAUAAAUAGCCUUAGCAGCAUUUAUAUAGAGUCUAAAUUAUAGGAUACAGUCAAGUCUUGUCUUUCAAGGGAGAUGUAGUCAGCAAGCAGAAGUUAUUUGAUGCAGGUGGCUACAUUGAGCAGAAGCAGUAGCGUGAAAAUGGUGGAUUGUUGUGAAACAGAUGGUGCUGAAUGUGGGCGACAUGUUGCUGCUAGUAGUACAUGACAUUUGAAUUACUGUUUUUCUUUUCUUUCUCCAGGCCAGGAACUACAUCAGCUCCCUGCCUCACAUGCCAAAGAGGAACUUUGCUGAUGUGUUCAUUGGUGCCAACCCACAAGGUAAUACCAGAGCAAAUAAAGAAAAUAAAACAAAGAGUCUUUUUACACUAUUUGCUUAUAAUGUCAAGGUGCAAGUAAUGCUAACUAUAUUGUAUUCAGCUUUUUGCCUCUGGUUUUACUAAUUCUACAAACUUUGGUUUAAAAACACAACAUUUUCAUGCAUCAUUGACAGUUUGAGAUUUAUCAGAUUAUGUGCAAAUAUUUUACAGCUGUGGACCUCCUGGAGAAAAUGCUGGUUUUGGACACAGACAAGCGGAUAACAGCAGCUGAGGCUCUCGCUCACCCUUACUUCGCUCAGUACCAUGACCCAGAUGAUGAGCCUGAGGCCGAGCCAUACGACCAGAGCUUUGAGAGUCGUGAGCUGGAGAUUGAAGAGUGGAAACGUAUGUCAUUUUUCUACAAAGAAGAGAAAAAUCAUGUAUUUAAAAUCGAUUUAUCUAAAAAAAGUGUGUCUGCUUUUCAGUGUAUUUGAUUGUGUUCUCAUCGUUUUGCAGGGUUAACCUAUGAGGAGGUGUGUAGUUUUGAGCCACCUAUUUUUGACGAGGACGACAUGGAGUAAUAAGACCAGCAUCAACAAGGCCUUUCGACAAUUUCAAACAGCCUUAAACAUGUGCAUUAGUGUAAAACUCUUAGACAUACUUGUACUAGAGUGCCAACCUGCCGUACUUAGACUUUAUUAACCAAGAAAAUAACUUCCAUGAUUAGCUCUAGUUAAGAGAUUAUCACCAGCAUUGACAGGGCAGGAGCUCGACCAGUUCUGAUUAUACUUAUUUAUAAACCACUAACUAUGAUGGUCCUUUGCUGGGAAAUAUCACUUCUUGCCAAUGGCUGAAAUACUUUUUUUAUCCUUCAGAUUUUUUAAAUUUAGACUUCGAUGACUGGUCACUGUGACAAUGAGAUGCUGAAAUGCCUGGACCUGUAGCUGUGUUCAAUUUUCUAUUGAGUAACUUAUCAAUAAGCUUUUGUUUUCCAUCAGUUGAAAUAGGAAUAUGCUAGUGUACCACAUACCCUGCCAAUCUCUCUCACAUAGCACUGGGUCAUGUGCCGUUCCUGUAAUUAAAAAGAGAUGACAAUACUGAUAAAGGAUUUCUUAGUGACAGAAGUAGACUUAAUGUUUUUAGGUAUAUGACAGUUGAAAAUGUGCCUGUUUUUGUAGUGACUGAUCUAUAGGGCUCACUAAGUUUCACACAUUUUCAUGUGAAUUUUGAGUGCUUAGAUGCUCUGUUAGACUCUUGUGGUUACACAGAAAAAUCUGAGCCUGGUUUGAAGAUUGAGUGCUUUAGAGACACCGAAAAAGUAGGAAUGAAUAUUCAUGUGCACAGGCCGUGCUCAAAAACAUGUAAAUAUCCGUGUUGUAUUUUUUAAAACCUCUGAAUUAUCGUGUCUAUGUUAUGAAGCAAUCACUUUUAGAGCUGUCCACCAGUUUGAGACUUUGUGUGCAUUUGUGAGAGUGUGGUGUCGGUUUACAUGAGUUUUAUGUGUCAUGCUAUUAAUUUUAAUUGAAAUACUGCCUAUAUAUGUAAAAGAGGGAUUUCAGAUGUAUUUAUACUUGUGGAGGUGGUAUUUAUAGACAACAAUCGACAGAUCCCUUAAACUAUUUUCAGUCCAGCAGAGUAACUACUCUUUUCAGUGCUUUGUUAAACAAAAUAAAGACAUAUUUUUAAGAGA